GGUCUUUUGAGACUUAUAUUAACCCACCUGAUCGGGACGCCUAUUCUACAGUGAAGGAGAAUGAUCAACUCAUAACAGUGGAAAGGGUGCCCUCAAGCUAUAAUUUUUGGCAUCCAGAACUAAGUUCUUUCCAUAAGUUAAUCCUUAUUAAAUGCUGUAAAGAAGAAAAGGUGGUUUUUGCUCUUACAGACUUUGUAAUAGAAAAUCUUGGGAAAGCCUUUAUAGAGACACCACCUGUGGACCUGCCCACUCUGUAUCAAGACAUGUCAUACAACACUCCCCUGGUAUUUAUCUUAAGCACAGGCUCAGAUCCCAUGGGUGCAUUUCAGAGGUUUGCCCGGGAAAGUGGAUAUUCAGAAAGGGUGCAAUCAAUUUCACUGGGACAAGGACAAGGACCUAUUGCUGAAAGAAUGAUCAAAGAUGCAAUGAAAUCAGGAAACUGGGUGUUUCUGCAAAACUGCCACCUUGCUGUUUCUUGGAUGUUGGCAAUGGAGGAGCUAAUUAAAACCUUCACAGAUUCAAAUGUUGUUAUCAAGGACACAUUUCGACUUUUUUUAAGUUCCAUGCCUAGUAAUACAUUUCCUGUGACAGUCCUUCAAAAUUCGGUCAAGGUAACCAAUGAGCCUCCAAAAGGUUUACGUGCAAAUAUCAGACGUGCAUUUACUGAAAUGAUGCCUUCAUUUUUUGAAGAAAACAUACUUGGAAGAAAAUGGAGACAAAUAAUAUUCGGCAUUUGUUUCUUCCAUGCAAUUAUUCAGGAGAGAAAAAAGUUUGGCCCUCUUGGUUGGAAUAUCUGCUAUGAAUUUAAUGAUAGUGACAGGGAAUGCGCUCUACUGAACCUCAACCUUUACUGUCAAGAAGGAAAGAUUCCCUGGGAUGCACUGAUUUACAUCACUGGUGAAAUUACCUAUGGUGGAAGAGUUACGGAUACCUGGGAUCAAAGAUGCCUUCGUACUGUCUUGAAAAGAUUUUUUUCUCCUGAAACAUUACAAGAUGGUUAUAAAUAUUCUGAAUCAGGUAUCUAUUUUGCGCCCCUGGCUGACAGCCUGCAAGAGUUUAAAGACUACAUUGAAAACCUGCCUUUGAUAGAUGACCCAGAAAUAUUUGGAAUGCAUGAAAAUGCCAACCUAGUUUACCAGUACAAAGAGACCAACACUUUGAUCAACACUAUACUUGACGUUCAACCAAGGUCCUCUUCUGGUGGAGAGGGAAAGAGCAACGAUGAAAUUGUCCAAGAACUUGUUGCUUCUGUACAGACCAGAGUUCCAGAAAUUCUGGAGAUGGAAAGCGCUUCUGAGAGCCUUUUCGUCAAGGAUCCUCAAGGACGCCUUAACUCCUUGACCACUGUUCUUGGACAGGAAGUGGACCGGUUUAACAAUCUGCUGAAGCUGAUACAUACCUCUCUAGAUACACUCAACAAAGCCAUUGCUGGAUUGGUGGUGAUGUCUGAAGAAAUGGAAAAGGUGUAUAACAGUUUCCUCAACAACCAGGUUCCCUCUCUAUGGUCCAAUACCGCCUACCCAUCCCUGAAGCCACUAGGAUCUUGGGUCAAAGACCUUAUUCUGAGGACUGCAUUUGUGGACCUGUGGCUCAAAAGAGGACAGCCCAAGUCUUUCUGGAUCUCCGGUUUCUUCUUCCCUCAAGGAUUUCUAACAGGAACUCUUCAAAAUCAUGCUCGGAAAUACAAUUUGCCUAUAGAUGAGCUGAGCUUCAAGUACAACAUGGUUCCUGUCUAUCGGGAUCAAGCCGCAGUCAUAGAAGCUGCCAAGACAGUGCAAUUUGGACAAGAACUGCCCAUGGACACAGAGUUGCCCUCUCCUGAGGAUGGCGUUCUUGUCCAUGGGAUGUUCAUGGAUGCUUCUCGAUGGGAUAAUAAAGACAUGGUGAUAGAAGAUGCGCUGCCUGGACAGAUGAAUCCAAUGCUGCCUGUGGUGCAUUUUGAACCACGACAAAAUUAUGAGCCAAGCCCAACACUCUACCACUCCCCACUUUAUAAGACAGGGGCUCGAGCAGGAACCCUCUCAACCACAGGUCAUUCAACCAACUUUGUGGUGACCGUCCUCUUACCCUCCAAGCGGUCCAAAGAUUACUGGAUUGCCAAAGGAUCGGCUUUACUCUGCCAGCUAAAUGAGUGAAAACAUGCCACCUCUGUGCUCUUCAGAACCAGACCAGAGGUCUUUCCCUAAUGGGGAGAAAAUUCUUCAUAACUUACAAAUAAGCAAAAGGGGUUUACUUGUGAUCUGACGUAAACAUAGCUAGUGUGGCUUUUAUUUCUUUUAUAACCUCAAAUAAAGUGUUUGAGUUCUUUCUU